CGUUAAUAAUAAUCACAUGCGCAAACACUGCCUGGCCAGCAAGCUCUUUCGGUCUCUUCGCAUACUUCAUUUCUCUCCUACUUUCCAGGACCAGAUGACUGCACGGCGGGUGGUUGAGUUGGAGCUGGUGGCGGUGGGGUUGCUGCUUAUGGUUCAAUGUUGUGUGCAGCUGAGGAAUACUCAUCCUUUGCAUGAGAUUGUAGACAAGGUGAAUGAGAAUGGCGGGCCUUAUAUUGGGCUUGUUAUGGCUUACCCCACUGAAGAAAUGGCCCUCCAAACCUCUGGCGUAUUUGUUCCCAAUUCACAAAUCCCCUGGGUUGACUUGGCUGGGAGAAGAUUCAACAUUGGGAAGAUUAAGAAUAUAGAUGUGAUCUAUGUAAUGACUGGGGAACAAACGCUAAAUGCAGGUAUAACUGUGCAAAUUCUACUUGAUGUAUUUGAUAUUGAAGGGGUGGUUCAUUAUGGGACAGCUGGAAGCUCUAAUGAUUCAUUGUCCCUUGGUGAUGUUAGUGUAAUGAAAUAUGUUGCCUUUACAAGUUCUUGGAAAUGGAAGGAAUUCGAAUCAAAGAAAGGGAAAUUGCCAGAACUAAAAUUUGGAGCCUUCAAUUUUCCUGAAAGGGGAGAGAAUUUGUUGGCAAAGGUUGAGUUUACGCCAAGCCAGUUGCUCUCCACUGGUAAACUUAUGGAAGAGAUCUUUUGGCUUCCAGUAGAUUCAAGGUGGUUCAAUAUUUCUGCACAGCUUCAGGAUUUUGAGCUACAACAAUGUAUUAAUGACACAUAUUGCCUACCCGAGAGACCAAAAGUUGUUUUCGGACUUCUGGGUUCCACAGCUGAUAUAUACCUUGAUAAUGCAGCAUAUAGAGAAUUUCUUUUCAGAGAGUUGAAUGUCUCAACUGUUGAUGAAGAGAGUGCUUCCAUUGUGAUGACAUGUCUAUCAAAUGGGGUGCCCUCUAUUGUGUUUCGUGGAAUUUCGGAUUUGGCUGGUGGGGAAGAAAAGCUAUUGUCCUCCAGCCUUAGUUCACUAGCUUCUAUCAAUGCUUUGAGUGUUGCAGUUGAGUUUAUUGCAUUACUUGAUAAGGAAAACAGACUUCAUGACCACCAAAAACAGGUCAAGAGCUUUAGUUUCUACACGCAGCACCUCUCGACUUAGAUGUACAGUUAUGUUGCAUCCAUUAGAACAAUGAAGCUUCACAAGCUCUGUUAUGCCGAGAAAAAAGAAAAAGAGAGACAGACUGUUAGGAUCCAAAUUCACUGUUUAUGAUUCUAAAAGAACAAGAAUAUGUUGAAACAUACCAUGGAAAAGGCAUCUGGUUCGACAUUGACACCGGACAGAGGCCAAGUAGCAGUCAUGGUAGCAUAGGCUGCAGAUUGAUAUUUCAGAAUUUGGUGUAUACACAAAUGGAACUUUUAGAUUCUUUAAGUUCAUGAGAGUGCUGUUUAGAGAUUUUAUAUGCUCUCUAAAACAAGCAUUAGCAGAAGUUUGAGAGGCAGAUUCUGCAGCUGAGUGAUUACGCGACAUUACUUCUUUAACAAGGAGCUCUUCAUAAGGAACAAACAACUGCUUGUGGAGACGUGCAUACCGAUCUCCAGCAUCUUUCCCAAAUGGAAACCAAUCUUUAAGUGCAAAGUUUACUGCCUCGCCACAAUUAAAACCUGCAAAUGUAUAAUGGAAAGAGAUUAGAAACAUAAUGGACCCAUAAAGAAAGACGCAAAUGUGACUCAAAAGAGAGGAAUGUGAGAUAUCUUACCAUUACUGAAUCCUCCAUGAUAUGCUCUAGGAAAGGUAACAACAAAUUCCCCAGGCAUCUGCAGAGCCUUGUAAACAGGUACACCAUUUUGCAGCAAUAAAUUUGGACGAAACAUUGUCGUUUUUCCUGCUAACCUAUUGAAAACUCUGUCCUCACCCUCGAGGGAAAAGUUCUUACUGGCAAACAGAUGGUACAUUGCUACCCUUUCGAACUGAGGAGCCUCAUUACCUGGAACACCAUACCAAGUUUUGGGUGCUCCAGAGUGAAGAUAAUUGAUGCUGAGAAUAUUAUAAGUAGAUACUAACAUCAGAAAAAAGAGAAAAUCAGAGAAGCAAAAAGCAAAAAGUUGGAAUUGGCAAAGAGAGUAAUGGUACCUAUAUAAGUAUUGAUCUUCCACAUGCCAAGCAAAAAUACUGUAUAUCAUACCAAUGUAAAGCAUCGGAUCUGUUAUUCCCUAAAUUUACAACAGAUUAGUUUAAGAAA